AUGUUUAUUUCAUCCACUAGUGCCGUCCAUGGCAAUAGCAAUACCUGCAACGAGCUUCAGGAUCCUUCGGAUGAUUGUACUCAACCGGCCGCUCUCGCCGGUGUCCCCGACAAUCCUACCGAGAACAUCGAUCGUUUUCUCAACAAUUUCAACAAUCGCAACAGCAGCACUCCCAAUAUAGCUGCUGAGUACCAGCGUCCGCCUAUCGAAUUGAGGGAGGCGCAGGGAGAAACCGAGGCAGAAACUCAAGCAAGAGUUCGUAUGCUUGCUCAGUUGCAGGCUUUGGACAAAAUAUUCGCCUUGAGUGGCGAUCAGAAUUCGUGA